AUGGUUGUUUAUAGUUGGUCCACAGCCCCAGAAAAGGUCAUGGUCGACCUGAGCAUUCACUACACAUAUAUGCUCAUCCUUGGCGACAGCCAUGACGACGACCCCACAGAAAGCAUGAAGGCUUUUUACAACACCAUAAUGGCCAGUCUACCUCAAGAGCACCCGUGGUGGCAAAUGGUGAAUAACCACCUCCCCCAGGUUCUUUGGCACUACGGCCCCUACUCUGGGAUGAAUACAAUUAGCCCAACAACAAACUUCCUCCAAGGCUGUUGGAUUGCGCACCACAACAUUAUGGGAUUCCCCGGGUCCUUGAAUAGCCCAAUAUUUCUGCGAAGAAUGAACGCACUGGGGCAAUGCGUUGGGCGUUCCAUUUUUCCCAAGCAAGAGUUCGACAAGAACGAGGUGUUUGCAGAAAUCGCAGCCACCAUUGCGGAGGUAGAAAACUGGAUUGCCUGUGCGAAUGACCUUCUGUCAUUCUAUGGGAGUUCGACGAGCUGCGUGACCAGACGAGCCCGGUCAAUAACAAGUGCCUCUCCUUCGAUACACACCCUUCCAUCCGCUAACCCCGCGGCCAAUACGCCUCCUUCAACGCUCCCUCAUAACAACAGUCCGCUAGCCACGCGGUCAAUACCUCUCCUUCGACGCACCUCUCCAUCCGCCAGCUAA